CACACGCCAAACCGGCCUGGCUUGCCUCAACUAUGGGAGGGAAGCGCGACUCCUGUUGAAGCUCCUGCUUUUGGUGCUGGCAUUUUAACUGCGUCUCAGUUGAAGAACACUGACUGGGCAGCUUCUUUGGCUCAUGUUUGGGAUGUUAUUAUCACACAAAAUGGACGCGUAGAAAGGUCCUUUUCAUAGCUUUAACGAUACUAGUGUUAGCUAACGACAGCUAGGCACAAAGGCAUUCAGUCAGCUACUAGCCGAUGUUAGCUAACGGUAACUAGCUUGCUAACAACACAGCCGGUGUAGACGAGCACAUCCUUGCGCAGCCAUACACGAGUUAAUCGCUACUGAAUAUUUCGUAGAAUAUGCUAACUUUUAUUGAGGAAUAUUUUUUAUGUGAAACACAAGGAAAUAGUUUGUUUUAGCAGUCUUUAUUCAUGACUUGGGGUACUUAAUACGUCUGUGUAUAGCUGGUUUUCUGGGUGCAUGUUUUUCGGCUAGCCACGACACGACACAGCGUCAGUGUGAUUCUAGGAUGGUAGUGGUAGCAAAAAAAGGCUAAUAUUACUUCGUCUGUCUGAAGAAGUAAGUACAAGAAGUGAAAUAAACACUUUCGCUAAGCGGGACUUCUCAAUGUUGUUUAUGUUCAUUACAAUUCCGGGGUGGAUGACGCUACGACGAAUCGGACAGCCCUAUAGUUGAACUGAAACUGGAGAUAUCGCUAACUGAUCGAAGGGAUUAUUUUGUGCUUAAGUGGAUUUUGGCCUCCUGUUCAGGACCGCCUUGGGAACACAGCGAUUUUUUUGACAUUGAGUGAGCCCCACUCUGACAUUGUCCUCUAUCCUAGCGACCUUCCCCCCCCUGCUUCACCUUCGAUGCGGAGAUUUCAGUAGCACCGGCAACCAUAUCCCCCAAGGCGGCCGGACAUGCUGAAGUGUAUCCCCCUGUGGCGCUGCAACCGCCACGUCGAGUCGGUGGACAAACGGCAUUGCAACUUACAGACGGUCCCUGAUGAGAUAUUCCGCUACAGUCGCAGCCUAGAAGAGCUGCUUCUUGAUGCCAACCAACUCAAAGAGCUACCCAAGCCUUUUUUCAGACUACUGAAUCUACGGAAGCUCGGCUUGAGUGACAAUGAGAUCCAGAGACUCCCUCCUGAGGUGGCAAACUUCAUGCAGCUGGUGGAACUGGACAUCUCCAGAAAUGACAUUCCUGAGAUCCCCGAGAGCAUUAAGUUCUGCAGAGCUUUGGAGAUCGCAGACUUCAGUGGAAACCCCCUCUCCAGAUUGCCGGAUGGUUUCACUCAGCUUCGCACACUGGCUCACUUGGCGCUCAAUGAUGUGUCAUUGCAGGAUUUGCCGACUGACAUUGGGAAUCUGGCCAACCUGGUGACGUUGGAGCUCAGGGAGAACCUGCUGAAGUCUCUGCCCUCGUCACUCUCUUUCCUGGUGAAACUGGAACAGCUGGACCUGGGCAGCAAUGAACUGGAAGUUUUGCCGGACACCCUCGGUGCUCUGCCCAACCUGAGGGAGCUGUGGCUGGACCGUAACCAGUUGUCCUCACUACCACCAGAGCUGGGAAAUCUCCGGAGACUGGUAUGUCUGGAUGUGUCAGAGAAUCGACUAGAGGAGCUUCCAUCAGAGCUAAAUGGCCUUUUAGCUCUCACUGACCUGCUGCUCACACAGAACCUGCUGGAAGUCAUACCAGACAGCAUAGGCUGCCUGAAACAGCUGUCCAUUCUGAAGGUGGACCAGAAUAGACUGGCCCACCUGACUGACUCAAUAGGAGAGUGUGAAAACCUCACAGAACUGGUCCUGACAGAAAACCUUUUACAGUCACUUCCUCGCUCGCUGGGCAAGUUGAAGAAGCUGACCAACCUGAAUGUAGACCGCAACCGAUUAGGCAGUGUUCCCAAAGAGCUUGGCGGCUGUGCCAGCCUCAACGUUCUCUCAUUGAGAGAUAACCGCCUGGGCAAAUUGCCUGCUGAGCUUGCAGAUGCCACUGAAUUGCAUGUAUUAGACGUGGCUGGGAACAGAUUACAAAACUUGCCUUUCGCCCUGACAAACCUCAAUCUGAAGGCCAUGUGGCUCGCAGAAAAUCAGUCACAGCCAAUGCUCAAGUUCCAGACAGAGGACGAUGAACGUACAGGAGAGAAGGUUUUAACAUGCUACUUAUUGCCCCAACAACCUUCUCCAAGCCUUGAGAACUUGUUGCAGAACAGUGUGGAUGACAGCUGGACAGACAGCAACCUGAACAGAGUAUCAGUCAUUCAGUUCCAGGAGGAGACCAAAGCUGAGGAGGAGGAUGAUGAAGCUGCAGCAGAGCGCAGAGGCCUUCAACGCAGAGCCACACCACACCCCAGUGAGCUGAAGGUGAUGAAGAAGGUGAUCGAGGAGAGGAGAAAUGAAGCCUACACCUCCAAACCUGAUGGAGAAGAGGAGUAUCCUGAGUCACAGGAGAAACGGCUCAGUGAUCUGUCCAAUCAGAGCCACGACUCCCAUGUGUCCAACAGCACACUGUCUGCCACCUCACAUGAGGAAAGGCACGAUGUGACCGUUACCUCACACAGGGAGGACCUAGUGGAUGGGCAUUGUCCUCAGGAGGAGGAAGAGCUGGAUGAGAUGGAAGUGGAGUACAUUGAGCCCACUGUGCACUUUGCAGAAGAGCCCAUCAUUCGUGGUGGGGAUGAGGAUGACGAAGAGGAUGGGGAAGACGGGGAAAGGAGCGAUGAGGAAGAUGAGAGGCCAGCUUUUCCUGCAGAAAAGCAGCGCCUCAUAAGGAAAGACACGCCACACUACAAGAAGCACUUCAAGAUCACCAAGCUGCCCAAGCCUGAGGCGGUGGCUGCACUGCUGCAGGGCUUCAGCCCCGACGGCAUCAGUUCACCAACUCAGGCUGCUGACAAUGACCAGGACGAGGACGAGGAAGAGCCAUUAAUCGGCACCCCUCUGCACAAUCAGAGAAUGGAGGAGCUGGAAGACAGUAGGAACCAAGUCAACUCCAGCCAAGUCAAGGGGGUGUCAUUUGAUCAAGUCAAUAAUCUGCUGAUUGAACCUGCUCGAAUUGAGGAGGAAGAGCACACCCUGACGAUCCUACGGCAAACGGGCGGUCUCGGAAUCAGCAUCGCUGGAGGGAAGGGAUCCACGCCUUACAAGGGGGAUGAUGAGGGGAUCUUCAUCUCCAGGGUAUCUGAAGAGGGUCCUGCAGCCAGAGCCGGAGUUAAAGUGGGAGACAAACUCCUAGAGGUGAAUGGAGUAGACCUCCACGAGGCAGAACAUCACACAGCAGUGGAAGCGCUUCGUAGUUCUGGGGUCAGUGUUUCCAUGACGGUGCUGCGGGAGCGGAUGGUGGAGCCGGAAAACGCCAUCACCACCACACCACUCAGACCAGAGGACGACUACUUCCCGCGGGAGAGGCGGAGCAGCGGCCUCGCCUUCAACAUGGAGAGCAGCCCCAGCGGACCCCGGCAGCGCCUGUCCACCUGCCUGAUCCGCAACGACAAGGGGCUGGGCUUCAGCAUCGCAGGGGGCAAAGGCUCCACGCCGUACCGCACUGGAGAUACGGGAAUCUACAUCUCUCGCAUUGCAGAAGGUGGAGCAGCGCACAGAGACAGCACACUGCAUGUUGGCGACAGGGUGAUAUCUAUCAAUGGUGUAGACAUGACAGAGGCCAGGCAUGACCAGGCAGUAGCGCUCCUUACCGGCACCUCCCCCACCAUCGCCCUCCUGGUGGAGCGAGACCUGAAUGCCCCAGGUGGCUCUCCAGGUCUGUCUCGGGCACGAGCCCACUCCCCUCCACCCCCAGAGCCCUCAGAUUCUCCAGACCAGGAGGACGGUCUUCACGGGAACCACCUGGGUCGAAUGGAGGACGAGUAUCCAAUUGAGUUCCAGAGAAGAUGGUGCAUGGAAGUGACCUUGGUGAAGUCAGGUGGCCCUCUGGGCCUGAGCAUUGUGGGAGGCAGUGACCACGCCAGUCACCCAUUUGGCAUCAACGAACCCGGCGUGUUCAUCUCAAAGGUGAUUCCUCAUGGUCUGGCGUGUCAAAGUGGGUUGCGUGUCGGCGACCGAAUAUUAGAAGUGAAUGCCAUUGACCUGCGCCAUGCUACACAUCAGGAAGCUGUGCGCGCCCUACUGGCUAACAAACAGGAGAUUCGUAUGUUAGUACGGAGGGACCCCUCACCACCAGGCAUGCAGGAAAUUGUCAUUCAGAAACAGCCAGGGGAGAAACUAGGCAUCAGUAUUCGGGGAGGGGCCAAGGGACAUGCAGGAAAUCCGUUUGAUGCCACAGAUGAGGGCAUCUUCAUCUCCAAGGUGAGUUCGAGCGGUGCAGCUGCACGCGACGGCCGACUGGAUGUUGGGAUGCGUAUCCUGGAGGUGAACAACCACAGCCUGCUGGGGAUGACUCACACAGAGGCGGUCCGAGUCCUUCGUGCGGUGGGAGACUCCCUGGUCAUGCUGGUGUGUGAUGGUUUUGACCCUCAAAAAGUGGCCGCUGUGGAGGCAUCUCCUGGCAUUAUUGCCAACCCCUUUGCCACAGGUAUCGUCCGAAAGAACAGUAUGGAGAGUAUCUCUUCUAUAGACCGAGACCUGAGCCCCGAGGAAAUGGACAUCAUACAGAAGGAGUCUGAGAUGGUGAGAGAGACAUCACAGUGGGAGCGAGAAGAGAUGGAGAAAGUGGAGCGUAUGCGUUUGGAGCGUGAGGAGGCAACUCGCCUGCUAGAAGAGGAGACCGAGAACAUUGGACCUGGACCUCUAAAGCUUGACUACAAAACCCUGGCUGCUCUGCCUACCACCAGUCUGCAGAAAGUCAACAGGGCACCUUCCUCUGAUUAUACCAGGACUGACAGCCCAAUCAGGGAAGCCCCUUACUCUCCAACAAUCCAACCGGCAAACAUUCACCACACCCCCUCUCCCACCGGCAGGGACAACAUUUCAUCAUCAACACGACCGGGUGCCAUCCAGCCACUUGGCCGUGUGCGGCCAAGUACCUCCCCUGCCACUCCAGAUGGCCACAGUCCUAACCCCUUCCAGCAUGGCCCCUCCCCCUUCAACUCCCAGACCUCUGACUUGUAUGGUGCAAGGAACAAUUUUCACCCCCAACCUUCUCCAGAGCCUGAGCUGAACAACGAGGUGUUUGAUGAAAACGUAGAAGGUCAGGAGGGAGCUGGCAUGGGCCUGACGGGCAAGGUGUCGCCCCGGCCCUCCCUCUCCUCUGACCGUCGGGAGUAUAUGAGCCUGGCAGCGGUGCCUCGUGUCUCCAGGCCAUCCCUGGACCUGCAGAGUCCUUCUCCUGCUGGUAAGGACAGCCCAGAGCAGCGCUCCUUCAGGGACAGACAGAAAUAUUUUGAGAUUGACGUGAAGCAGCAGACACCAGAAAAGCCCAAGCCUCGAGUCUCUCUUGUUGGAGAGGAUGAUCUGAAGAAGAUGAGGGAGGAAGAAGAGAGGAAGUUUGAGCAGCGAGCGCGGGAGUACCUGCUGGAUGAAGAUGAUGAGGAUGAGGAAGAGGACCUGGCUAAGCAGGUGGCACAGAUGAAGGCCACGGGCAAGGUGCUGCUGGACGGAGUGGAGUACAAGGUGGAGCCGGUGUCUUCCCCGUCUCAGCACUGCUCCACACCACCGAGCUAUAAUGUCACACCACCAAGCUACUGUGGCAGCUCAGGGCCUUCCUCAGUUGAUGGGAAAGGAGACUCUCAGAGGAAUUCAUUAGAGGAUAGCUUCAGGCUGGAGCAGAGGCCCAACUCCAUGACUGGCCUGAUCCCAGUGUACCCCGGGGAAUCCACAGCUCCCAUCCGCACAGCCAAAGCAGAGCGCAGGCACCAGGAGAGACUGCGAAUGCAAAGCCCUGAGCUGGCCGUGGCCCUUGACAAAGACCUGUCCCCUGCUGAGAAACGGGCUCUAGAGGCUGAGAAGAGAGCCAUGUGGAGAGCAGCACGAAUGAAGUCUCUGGAGCAGGAUGCACUGAAAGCUCAGAUGGUCAUCGCCAAAUCUCGGGAUGGGAAGAAGCGUGGCACGCUAGACCAGCUGACGGAGUCACCUUCACCUGCCCCCACACCCUCUCCCACUCCGAUGGAAGAGCUCAGUCCUCGAGGAUUGACAUCACCAGGCAGGCUGUCCCUGUCGUCAAAGAAGUUUGACUACCGACAGUUUGCUGCCAUUCCUUCUUCCAAACCCGUAUACGACAUUCAGUCCCCUGAUACAGCUGAUGAUAUGCAGUUCAUCGAUGACGGCUCCAGCAACCCAGGGCCUGCUGCUAGCCUCGAGGUGGAGGUUCCCACCCAGCUGCCCACCACCUCAGCCCUGGAGGAGAUGGCCCUGUACAGCAACAAACGCAAACUGAGGCAGGGUCGCCGCAGCCUGGAAACCGCCGUGCCCACGUAACACAUCACACCACCAAGACAAGAAACCCAAACACACACACUGUGGAACACUGGUCCAUCCACAGGAGGUGCAACGUCACGAAACACUACACAUAACGUCAGUAGAGCAAAGUGUACUCGACCGUAUAUAACCACUGCAGAGACUAUGACACUCAGUCACCACACAUUCACUCACAUCCUUAUAUCCUGCGUGCCAGUCUUGCCUUUACAGUCUGUGGAUGAGUUGGCAAAUAGAUAUUGUACAACAGUCCCUCAAAGGCAGGAAGGAGCUAGUGUGGUUAGCUACGAUUGUUACUUACAGACCAUUCUUUAUUUGUUUUAUACUUGGUUUGCCUAUUAGAAGCGGAGUUAUUUUAACAGGAAAAGAAGGAUGGCUUUAGUUUUUUUUUUUAUCUACAGUUUUGCACCUCCCAAUAAUUUUGCUGUUUAAAAAAAAAACAUACUGGAAGAGAAAAGAAAUGGGUCAUAGCUAUACUAACUCUGAAUUCUAUUUUUAGACUUUCAUUGAAUAGAUUGUAAAAUGUCAUUUUGUUUGUUUUGGAGAUGAAAAGGAGUGUAUAUAUUGUUGGGAACACCCUGCUACCUUCACAGUCACAACUAUGGAUAGCUUAGAAAAACGACAGUACAUAUCAUGUUUGCACUGCCAUUGAUCAGCUGUUUAUCUUAAGUAACUUAUUGUUUUUAGUAGUUAAAACUCAAAUUGAAGGCCUUCUAUUCUAUUACAUUUUAAUCCAUCCAGUUCUCUUAGAUACAAGAGGGACAAACUAAUACUUUGUAAGUUAUCAUUACAAUUUUAAUGAUAGAAUAAUGUAAAAAAUAAAAUAAAUAAAAUAUCACUAUAUAUAGUCAUCCAGAGAUUUUUGAGCUAAGCAUAUCUACAAAUUAGAUGUUUUUAACAAAGCUAAGCUGUUGCACAUCAUAUAAUAUACUGAUUAGAAAUGAGCAUUUUGUCCAGAUUUGACUGUGUUACAUUCCCCUUGUAGAGAAUAUGAAAAUGCUUACACAUAUUUCAGAUCAUGAGUUUCAUUAAUUAAUGGUACUUACCCCUGUCCUGUUUAGGUUGUUUCUUUUUUUUUUUCUUUUUAACAAUGUGAAUCUUUAAUUUGUAUCCUUGCAUUCUCUGGAGAGAUUCCAGAGUGACGUGAAGGUAGCAGGUAUUAUAUUUUUCUGUCUAUGGUUAAUUUAAAUCUGAUGCCACUGAAAUCAUUUAUUAUUGUGUGAAUAAUGUACAAAUACCGAAAGGAAAGCAAACUUUGGGUGUGAAACUGAGCCAGUCUUGACCUAGACUAAGAAGUGUCUGGACUGCUGACUUGGUGCUGGGACGCUCUGUGUUUUAUUGGUUUGUCAAUGGGAGAGCCGAGAGAGGCAGAACCAAUUUGAAAAAUCCCUCUCAAGACAUCGAUCUCAUUCAGACAUUAACGUCACUGUUUGACACUGUCAGUUUAUGUACCUGACAGCUUAUUUUUGCAGAAUCAAAGCUAAGUAGCAUUUGUGUUAAUUUAAUGUAGGGUCCUCUAAUUAUAGCUUUCCAUGUUGCUCUCACUGACUGAAAUUCAGUUUGUUUGAUAACAUUUGCAAUGGCUUUUUUAACUUCCAGUAGGUAAUUUUUUUUUUUUUUUUUUUUUUCAGAUGGGUUUCACUACAUUAUUAAUGCAGUGUUUAAGUUUUUGUGUAAUUCUUUUGUCUUGAGUACUCUCUGGGGGCUAUUUGCAAAUAGGUUGGAGGGAAUGGGUCAGAAGUCCUAGGGUCAAGGGUUAGAGCUCAUACAAGACUGUAACUAGUGAAUUUGUACAACCAAAGAAGUCUAUUUUGUGGUUCAGGAAUAAUAAAUUUUACUUUUCAUUUAAGAAGCCGA